AUGUCGGAUAACCGGCACUUGUUGGGACCGACGACGUCGUUUUCGUGUGCCCGAAGCCAUGAACUGGGUGUCACUGGUGAGGUUCAGCACACUUGCUGCUUCAGCGAACAGAUCGGCUCGUUGUGUGUCAAUGAAGACUAUAGCGACGUCCGUCUCAUUCUCAACGGUACUUCUUUGCCGGCGCAUCGCGUCAUUCUCGCCGCCAGAAUUUCCAACGUCUGUACGAUACUCAGUGCUUCGUUCCUCUUCAGUUUAACGAAGUUGACUCAACAUUGUUUGGAAUUUGUGGAUCGUUGUGCCCUUGAGGUUCUCAACUCUGAAGGAUUCAUGGCUUUGUCUUCUGUAAUAAAGGAGAUCAUUUCACGAGAUAGCUUCUUCGUACCAGAGAUCGAAGUGUUUAAAGCAGUACGUGAGUGGGCUCGAGUGAACCCGACGUUGGACCUUCAAGAAGUUCUGAGCGCAGUGAGAUUGCCUCUGAUCAGCUUGGAGAAUUUGUUGAACUGCGUCAGGCCAUCAGGCAUCGUGUCAGCCGACGAUAUCCUUGAUACGAUUAAGACGCAGUCGGAAAAGAUUGAUUCGCAGCUGAAAUAUAGAGGAUAUUCAAUUCACGAUGUUAACGUGGCAGCGUCGAACCGGAAUGAUGUCGACAAUCCGGGCAUUGUCGUACAGCUCGGUUCGCCGUAUAUCAUAAAUCACAUUAAGAUGUUGUUGUGGGACCGCGACGAACGUUCAUAUUCGUAUUAUAUCGAAACAUCGAUGGAUCGGGAACGUUGGGUGCGAGUGGUCGAUUACAGCGAUUACUUGUGCCGAAGUUGGCAGUACUUGUAUUUUCCGGAACGCGUAGUGAGGUACAUCAAAAUUGUUGGCACCAGAAAUACUAAAAACAACGUUUUUCAUCUGGUUAGUCUCGAAGCCAUGUAUUCAACACGCACAUUCAAACUGAAAGAUGGGUUUGUUGUUCCAAAUGAAAAUGUAUCUCUUUUGAAACGUGGUGCCAGCGUCAUCGAAGGCAUCAGUUGUACUCCUGAUGCCCUUAUCAACGGCGACUCGGAGCAUUACGAUUGGGACUCAGGAUACACGUGUCAUCCGAUUUCCACCGGUGCCAUCAUCGUCCAGCUGCCGCAGCCAUUCAUUUUGGAUUCGAUGCGAAUUCUGCUUUGGGACUGCGACAGUCGGAAGUACAGCUAUUACGUCGAAACGAGCAUCGACUGUGAAAACUGGAAGUUGCUCAUGGACAAGAGGGACGAGGAGUGCAGUUCCUGGCAGCAUCUCAAGUUCGAACCGAGACUCGUGAUUUACGUGAAAAUCGUGGGAACUCGAAAUACAGCGAACGAAGUGUUCCACUGUGUUCACAUUGAAUGUCCUGACCAGACUUGUCUCCCUUACAGCAGCACCGAGUGCAUAAAUCGAAUCACUCGAAUUUGA